AUGACCUCCCCGCAGAUGCUGAACCUGACGCUGGAGUAUUUCGAGGAGCUGAUGUCCAAGGGCAACACCGAGGUGUGCAGCAAGAUCCUGGACGCGCGGGUGCACCACAAGGACAUGGUGGGCGGGCGGCGCGGGGGGAAGGAGUACAAGGAGUACAUCAAGGACCUGAAGAGGGCGUACCCCGCAAUCUGGGUGCGCCCCACCCAGUUUGGCGUGGUGGACAACCGCACGCUGUUUGUGGCGUUUGAGGGCAGGGCCACGGGCCACACGCCGCUGUUCAAGGGCGUGGACCUCUUCUACUUCAACGACAGUGCCACCAAGAUCACGGAGAUAGAGGUGUACCGCUCGAACUGGCUGGGCGCCCAGGGCCACGAGGAGCGCAAGAAGCAGAGCCAGCGCCAGCAGGGCGAGCCGCCGCGGAUGAAGCAGAGACGGCAUGUUGCAGCGGCGGUGCGGCCACAGCAGCCUCGGGGGACUCGCUGCGCCGUGGCGGUGGCAGCCCAGACCAACGGCGCUGCCACCUCGAGCUCGCCCUUCAUCGGCGCCCCCCAGCAGCAGCACGUCAUCAAGAUGGUCAACCUGGUGCACACCUACUUCGACACGCUGCUGACGCAAGGCGACCUGGGCGUGCUGACCGAGAUCCUGGAGCAGAGCAUCAGCCACAAGGACAUGGUGCGCAACAUUGGGCGUGUGGGCCUCAAGGAAUACACCUCGUACCUCACAGAGCUGCACAAGACCUAUCCCGACUACUACGUCAAGCCGACCCAGUUUGGCAUCGUGGACAACCGCAGCAUGUUUGUGUCCUUUGAGGGCCAGGUCUCUGCCAAGACCCCCAAGUUUGUGGGCGUGGACGUCUUCCUGUUCAACUCUGACGCCUCCAAGAUCCGGGAGGUGCAGGUGUACCGCUCGAACUGGCUGGGCGCUCAGGGCCACGAGGAGCGCAAGAAGCUGGCGCAGGCGGCGGCCCGUGUGGGCGAGGCGCAGGCUGUGCAGCGGGGCCAGAUGCCCGAGUUUUCUGAGCGGGCCACGUUUUUCGACGUGUGGCCAGUAGGCACUGCCCCCUGCCCCCUUGUUGAUGUGCACCGCCCCUUUCAGGGCCCAGUAUUAUUACUGAUGUCAUUACCGCCGCAACCAACCAUGCUUGCAUAUUUGCAAUCCAGACCGUUGUUGCUGCACUAUCCCCUUGAGCACAUUCCUCUUGCACCGCACCUUGUCAUGAGCUGCAUAGAGUGGCCGUCAUUAAAUGCCGGGAAACCUGACACCCCUUGGACCUCAUAUCCACAGAGAACGACACGCAGCCGCAGCCCGAUGACGAGCGCCGGAACCCUUUGCAGUUCCGUCACUGCCGGGCCUUGCAGGGUGCAGCAAGCUUGCCACGCCUCCCUCAGGGGAUCCUCUAGCUUCACGCCACGAGUGGUCUUCCGCAGCGCCGCAACACGAUCGGCGUCACGAUCGGCGGCCCUGCGGGUUGUGGCCUUUCGGUUCGACCCGCACAACACCAAGGAGGCCUCCGCGAUCCAAGACUGGCGCGUGAAGCAGAUGGUGGAGCUGGCACACACGUACCUCAUCGAGUACCUGACCAACAAGCGGGCGGAGCUGGCCGACCGCAUCUUUGACGACGAGGUGGUGCACAAGGAUGUGGUGUGGGACCCCACCCACCCCACGGUGGGCGUGGACGGCAUGAAGCACUACCUGGCAGACCUGCAGACCGCCUUCCCAGACUUCUGGGUGGAGGUGGACCAGUACGCCACGGUGGACACAAACGCCAUCAUGGUUACCUACAGCGGAGCCGCCACCAACCUGGGGCAGUACCACAACCACAAGCCCACGCACCACGCAUCCAGCUUUGAAGGCACCAACAUGUUCAAGUUUAACCACGACCGCUCCAAAAUCACAGAGAUCCACGUGUACCGCUCCGCCUUUGCUGAGGACGUGAACGAGAUGGGCGAGCGGGUGCUGGCGGAGGAGGGCGGGUUCCGGGAGCUGCGCCUGCAGCGCCUGGUGUGAGGCACAUCCGCCUGCCUGGGUGGCAGGCGGGCAGCCACAGCGCUUCGGCAACUCUCUGGUCACCCACGUUUGCACGUGGCACAGGAAAUGGAAGUGUGGCGGGGAAAUGAAUGAGGCAGGCAGCGCUGAUACAUACGCAGGUUGGAGCAGCUGCGCUUGAUGCAACACCUAAUAAGAUGUGGUUGAAGCAUACACACAUGGCGCUUCUGUCUGUUGACCAUGCCUGGUUUUGGCACCUUGAGAGCGGGAAGAUAUGUAAACACUUGGAGAGA